AUGGAUGAUAUAGUAUCAGCUGGUGACGAUCGUAUUCAUGAUCAACAUGAAUAUCCUAAGGAUUAUGCACAUGAUUAUGAAGAUUUCAGGUUAGCUGAUCAUGAUUCUCUACACAAUAUUGAUUUUCUAAUAUCCGAGAAUAGCAAUCUAUAUUUAGAAAACAAAAUCAAGUUCAGUGAUAAUGAGGCAGACUAUAGUAUAGCCGAUGAUAAGAUUGAUUUACAGAAAGAACAAUCUCAUGUUACACAUGAUUAUGUUUCUCCUGGUGGAUCAUCUUAUUGGAUUCCUGUUGUUCCAGACCACAUCAAACCUAAAAUCAAUUCAACUUAUGAUUCAUCUACUGCAACAUUAUCAAUGUAUAACAAUUACGCAUCAUUAGUAGGCUUUGAUGUCAGGCUUGGACCAGUUAGAACCAUCGAAUCCGACAUUAUCACACAACAACAUUUGCUAUGCAAUCAGGAAGGUAAACCAAGAUCCGGUAAAGUGGAUGGUUUAGACCCUCAACAUAAUAAGAUUCAGAGAAGCAAAGACUCAUUUAGAUGCAAAUGCAAAGCGAAAAUUGUUUUUAUUCUAUUAGAAGGAACUAAUAUAUACAUUGUUGCUGAUUUUGUCGAACAACAUAAUCAUGAGAUGUUUGCUAAGGACAACAUAUUUUUGUCUCGUACAAAGAGGAAACUUGAUUAUUCACAGGAAAUGUUUAUUCAUUACUUGUCAAAGCAAAAUAUUGGUGCCCUAAGAGCUCAUAGAUUGUAUAUUGGACUUCGAGGUGGUUCUGACAUUCGCGGUAGGUUGGUUUCUGAUUUCAAGAACAGUACGAGAAAUCUCAAUUCUUACAUAGGUGCCAGGGACGGAAAAUUUCUUGUAAUGAAGAUGAUGGAAAGGAAAAAAAAUAUCCUAAGUUUCUCUUUCGAGUUUAAAGUCAUUGAGAAAAGAUUGAAUUCGAUUUUUUGGGCUAACGAAACUGCAAAGUACAACUACAAUGCUUUUGGAGACGUUGUAUCUCUUGAUGCCACAUUCAGCAUGAAUAAGUUUAUUUAA